AAAGGUAGAGAGAGAUAUACAGUGAGAGAGAGAGAGAAAGGUAGAAAGAUGUACAUACAGUGACAGAGAGAGAGAGAAAGAUAGAAAGAUGUACGUACCUUGACAGAGAGAGAGAGAAAGGUAGAUAGAGAUAUACAGUAAGACAGCGAGAGAGAGAGAGAAAGGUAGAGAGAUAUAUCUACAGUAAGAGAGAGAGAGAAAGGUAGAAAGAUAUACGUAUAGUGAGUAAGAGAGAGAGAAAGGUAGAGAGAUAUACAUACAGUGAGUGAGAGAGAGAGAAAGAUAUACGUAUAGUGAGUGAGAGAGAGAAAGAUAGAGAGAGAUAUACAGUAAGAGAGAGAGAGAGAAAGGUAGAAAGAUAUACGUAGAGUGUGUGUGAGAGAGAGAAGGGUAGAUAUGUAUAUACAGUAAGAGAGAGAGAAAGGUAGAAAGAUACGUAUAGUGAGUGAGAGAGAGAAAGAUAGAGAGAGAUAUACAGUGAGAGAGAGAGAGAAAGGUAGAAAGAUAUACGUACAGUGACAGAGAGAGUGAGAAAGGUAGAAAGAUGUACGUACAGUGACAGAGAGAGAUAUACAGUAAGACAGCGAGCGAGAGAGAGAAAGGUAGAGAGAUAUAUCUACAGUAAGAGAGAGAGAGAGAAAAAAGUAGAAAGAUAUACGUAUAGUGAGUAAGAGAGAGAGAAAGGUAGAGAGAUAUAUCUACAGUGAGUGAGAGAGAGAGAGAGAAAGGUAGAAAGAUAUAUACAGUAAGAGAGAGAGAGAUGGAGGGACUUGUACGGCGAGGCAGAGCGAGAGAGGGGUUGAGAGAGAGAAGGAGAGGGAGGGACAGGGCGUGGUAGAGUGACAAAACGAGUGUGAGAGUAUUGAAGAAACAGAAAGUGGACAACAGAGCGACAGAGAAGUCCACAAGAAACAAUGCCGAACAAGGGAAGCUGACAACAUCUCUCUCUCUCUCUCUCUCUCUCUCACACACACACACACACACACACACACAAGAGAAUGGCAUCUACAACUAGCUCUCAGGAAUACACACUGUGUCAACCAGAAGACACACUGUGUGAGAUCCGUAUGUACGAGCAGGAAGUGAUCAUCGUUCCUGUGCUGCUGUUGCUCAGUUUUGUCGUGAUACUCGCAAUCCUGCUGCUGCUGCGCUUCUGUCCUGAAAAAGCGCACAAAGUGCGUCCUAGAAACACGUUCCGGGCGGGCCGCAGGAUCCUCAACGGGAUCGAUGCUCCCCCGGGUCUGAAUGCUCUAGAAGGAGAGAGUAUAGCGCUGAAUUUCUCUCCGACUUACUCCACGUUUGCGUCAUCAGUUCGUGGCGGCGGACGUGAACACGGUAUCGAAAAUCCCGCCUUCGGUAAUGCUGCGUUGCUGAGCGCACGUGAUGCCCCGCGCCAGCGCCUGCCGGAGAAGUUCAAGCUGGUGACGUCACUGCGGAGUUCGUACGCACUGAAGUCGGACAGCAGGGUGUCGCUCUACAGAGCGCGCAUGGAGAACCGCAAUGUCGUGCUGCACGUGCUCACCGACUCAGCGAGUGAGACUGAAUGCCAGUCCUUCCUCGGCUUUGCAUCCUUCCUGUCUCAGUUGGGUCCUCACCCGUUCCUGCCCGAGCUGAUUGGCGUCGUUUCACUCCGAGCACCGCUUAUCAUGGUCAUGGAGGAACUCGAGAACCAGGAUCUGCUCAGCUACCUGUGGAAAUGCAGACAGGCAGGACCUGACUCUGGUGUGAUGACUGAGAGGCAGAUCUUCACUAUGGCCUCGCAGGUGGCCUCCGCUUUGGACUUCCUGCACUCCAAAGAUCUGAUUCACGGAAACAUCAAAGCCCGCAGCGUAUUAAUUACCCAGAUGCUAACUGCUAAGCUGUGGGGUCUCAACGACAUAUACACCAGGAAUACGUCCAGCUUAAAUUACAAAACCGGUCCCGGACAGAAAAAAUGGCAGGCACCAGAAAUCCUGGCUAACAGAGAGGCGAGCCAAAAGAGUGAUGUGUGGUCGUUUGGCCUGCUGCUGUACGAGAUGGUGACUCUCGGUGAGGUUCCGUUUGCUGAGGUUCCUGUUAAAGAGCUGCUGCAGUUUCUCCAGAGAGGAAAAUCACUGAAGAAACCACAUGGCUGCUCCAACUCACUCCACAGCAUCAUUAAAGGCUGCUGCCACUGGAAGGAACAAGACCGCUUCUCAAUGGCCGAGCUCAGACACAAACUCCAAUCAGGAGAGAAGACCGGCAACGACAGAACGGUUCUCCGGGCAUCUCAGCCAAUCAACAUUCAGCAUUACCUUCAGGAGGCGGGAUAUGGCGAGGCCAUCAACUAUACCAUUUUCUGAAAAUCUUUACCGCCAAUAAGGACACAUUUGACCUCAGACCUUUUGUUUACUUCCUCAGUACACCCAAAAUGAUGGUAUAGCCCUAAUCCACCACCAAUAGGACGAUCCAGUUGAACCUGCACCGUUGAAAAAUGGUACAACCUGGAUUUCUACUGGUUUGCUCCUCCCACUUCACAUAACAAUGGUAUGAUCCAAUUUACUCUCCAGAAAGAUGGAUCCUCGGUAACAACAGCCCCCCCGCACCACAGGACGUUGGUACAACCCUGAUGAAUAUUAUUGCACUAGUCUAGAGUAUAUCAGUUUAUAUUAAUGACAGUUUUACAGUGUUGUACACAUAUUUUUAAAUACAUCAGUCUGCAGUGUUUCACAUAAUUAACGUUGAUUUUUUUUAACUCUUAAAAUUGUUGUUUUUGGUGCCAAUUUAAUUAAUUCCAGCUUUAGUAAAUCUAACAAUUGA